AAACGUCUAAAUUUGCCAACUGUCUGUUGUCCUCACGCACGCGCGCACACACACACACACACACACGCGGGCGCAGAGUUGUCGUCAGAUCGGAAUAUGCCUUCUCGCCGGCGAACACUUUUGAAAGUCAUCAUCCUCGGCGACAGCGGGGUUGGGAAGACCUCGUUGAUGAAUCAAUAUGUAAAUAAGAAGUUCAGCAAUCAGUACAAAGCAACUAUUGGAGCUGAUUUCUUGACAAAGGAAGUGCAGUUUGAAGAUCGGCUCUUUACUUUACAGAUUUGGGACACUGCUGGCCAAGAGAGAUUUCAGAGUCUUGGUGUUGCCUUCUACCGUGGUGCUGAUUGCUGUGUCCUUGUUUAUGAUGUAAAUUCAAUGAAGUCAUUUGAAAAUCUAAACAACUGGAGAGAAGAGUUUUUAAUUCAGGCAAGCCCACCUGAUCCAGAAAAUUUUCCAUUUGUUGUGCUGGGGAACAAAGUUGACAUUGAUGGUGGAAAUAGUAGAGUGGUGUCUGAGAAGAAGGCUCGGGCCUGGUGUGUUUCAAAGGGUAACAUUCCCUACUUUGAGACUUCGGCCAAGGAAGGCACCAACGUAGAAGAGGCUUUCCAAUGCAUUGCUAAGGAUGCCCUUAAGAGUGGAGAGGAGGAAGAAAUAUACUUGCCCGACACCAUUGAUGUUGGCGCUAGCAGUCAGCCGAGGACAGGUGGUGGAUGCGAGUGUUAAACAGUUCUUCAUUUCGAGCUGAUUAUAAAUCUUGCAGCUGAAAAGAUUGGAUUCUCUUUUGCCCUCGUUUUGUUAAUUACUUCUCUUGGUGUGCUUUUCCCCGUAAAUUAUCAAGUUGUACCUGUAUAUUAGCUUUUGCACGAGAAGCUGGUUGGUUUCUUAGUGCUCGAAUUCUGUUGAUGUUAUCUUCACUUUCAUAAACCUUCAAGAUUUGUUGGAUCCAUGUUCGUCUGUGAUGAAAACUCUUGCUUUGCAAUAAUCUUAAAAUCCAUAUUCAGUUGA